AUGAGUGCGCCUGAAAAAGACGUAAAGCUCGCAACCAAAAGCGCGACGCGUCUGGUUCCGUCUUUUCGUCGAAUUUCUUCUGAGGAAGAGGAGCGUUUAUCGACGGCGUCCUCCCUGCCAAGUGCCUGGAUGGCGCAGUAUGGAUAUCACAACGGACACGAAUUCUCUCUACCUAAGCAUUUAGUGCGAUAUAUUGAGCCGACUGAGGGUGAAUUUGACCAGCAAGUGGAGUAUGAUAUGGAUGAGCAAGACAAGUACUGGCUCGACGAACUUAAUGCGGAACGAAAAAGAGACCAGCUAGACGUGAUCAGUUACGAGACCUUUGAAAUUAUCUUUGACAGGCUGGAAAAAGAAUGGUUCUCGCUCGUGAAACGAAUUCCAUCACGAUUUUCUAUUGGCGAAGCUAUGGAUGAAGAAGAGUUUCCUGAGGAGUCGCAAUGUGCUAUCUGUGACGACAAUGAAUGUGAAAAUUUAAAUGCCAUCGUAUUUUGCGAUGGAUGCAACUUGGCCGUCCAUCAGGAAUGUUACGGCGUUCCUUUCAUCCCAGAAGGGCAGUGGCUCUGUCGGAAAUGUACAGUGUCUCCCGACCGACCCGUAUCGUGUAUCUUUUGCCCUCAGGAAGGAGGUGCCUUCAAGCAAACGAGCGAUGGCAAAUGGGCGCACUUGCUGUGUGCUAUGUGGAUUCCUGAGACGGGUGUUAGCAAUUCUGUUUAUAUGGAACCCAUUGAUGGAGUCCAAGAUAUCCCCAAAGCACGCUGGCGUCUGCGCUGCUACUUGUGUAAUUCUCGACAUGGUGCGUGUAUUCAAUGUGAGCAUCGCUCCUGUUUUACUGCUUUUCAUGUGAUGUGUGCACGGCGCGUGGGGCUCUUGGGCCGCACUCAGGAUAUCUCAGACGAGGCUCGCGACACCAAGCCGGAUGCCGCGGCGGCCUAUUGCCAUCGCCAUCUCCCUCUUGAUCGUAAAGUUGCCUUGCAUACGCGUAUUCGAGGCACUGAUGACGAUGACAACGAUACAAGCAGUGUUUCUGACGUAUCCACGAGCGAGCUGGCAACAGUUCCAAAACGACCCGCUACAUCUGGCUACGACUCGAUCGUGUCGAAAAGUGCACGCGCUUACAACAAGCUGUAUUCAUCAGGCCCAUUGCCCGUACCAAAUUACAUGGUACGCCGUGUGCUAGAUUACAUCUCGCGCAUUUCUAUUCGUCGAAAAUCACAAGCGGUAGCUCUUAUUGUUCGUUACUGGAGCUUGAAGAGGCAGCAAAUGCGUGGUGCACCGCUCUUAAAGCGCCUGCACAUUGAGCCAUGGACUGUGGGCCAUUUCGUGGAUGAACGGACUCAUGCACUCAAGCUUACCAAACUACAAUAUCUCUUUUUCCUUCGUGAAGAUUUGGAGAAAGUUCGUCUUCUAGCUGAACUGGUUCGCAAACGUGAAAAGACCAAACUAAAGCAGCUGCAGCUAUUUCGCACAUAUAUGCUGGACCAAGGCCUUUUAUACAAGCAGGCUCAACUGCAUCAAGCCCUGGAAUGUGUCAUGGCACUGGAUAAAGCACAAUGGUUCAUGUACCCUGUCUCCAAGGAGGCGCCUGGGUAUUACGAUAUCAUCAAGGAGCCUAUGGACUGGAACACCAUUCGUUCUCGUAUUGAUACCAUGUCAUACCGUACUUGGGAAGCAUGGGAAGCCGAUGUACGUUUGGUAUGUACGAAUGCCACAACGUACAAUCAGCCCCAAUCCCUCAUCUCAAAAACGGCUCAAAAAAUCCUCAAAAGUCUACCCGACAUCGUGAAAGACACGCGCGAUACCUCUGUGUGGGAAGAUGGUACUGCAUCAGGCCUAGAACCACCAGACGCACUAUUGCAAAUGCUGCAGGCGCCGUACAUGGUACCUGACGGCAUUUCCAUUGGUGCGCCACCUCAGGAUGCAACUGUCAUGGACGCCUUUUUGGAGCAGUGGUAUACAGUUCCGAAUCCGGAGGAGCCACGCGCCAUGCGCCCCCCACCAAAAAAACCCAAGCGUACGGCCAAAUUAGGCCCAGUGCGUCGCAGCGCUCGGCAUGCCCCUGAACCCUCAGAGCCAGCCAUUAUCACUGAGCCGUGCGUUGUGGACGAAAUCAAUGCCAAAGAUUCGUUCAAAUACUUUAAUGUUGGCUGGCUCUUACCGCCAGGCGCACGACGAGGAAAUCGACCUCGCCCUGAGCCUCGAGCUCAGAUAAAGCGCCCGAAAGUCGCACGGCGCACCAGGCGUCACGAAGAUGGCAGUUCAUCGCUCAGCGAAUUAUCAGAUGCAUAG